AUGCUCUCACAAUUGAGAACGAGGGCAAAUGCCUUUCUUCUUACCUCAAGAAGAGCUUCUCAAUAUGUACGCUCCCUAUCCUCCACCUCAUCUCUCCGCACAUCCUCCAAUGACUCAGAACCACCACUCAACAGAGUCUCAUCUACUAUUACACAACCAAAAUCACAAGGUGCUUCGCAGGCCAUGUUAUAUGCUACUGGUAUGACCGAGGAAACAUUAAAUACAGCACAAGUUGGUAUCUCUUCAGUAUGGUGGUCAGGAAAUCCUUGCAAUAUGCAUCUUUUGGAGCUCAACCACAAAGUGAAGGAAGGAGUAGAGAGAGCGGGCUUGGUAGGAUAUCAAUUCAAUACCAUUGGAGUCUCGGAUGGUAUUUCCAUGGGUACAAAUGGUAUGAGAUACAGUCUUCAAUCAAGAGAUUUGAUUGCGGACAGUAUUGAAACUGUUAUGGGAGGCCAAUGGUAUGAUGCGAAUAUCUCGAUUCCUGGAUGUGACAAGAAUAUGCCUGGUGUCAUGAUGGCAAUUGGCAGAGUCAACAGACCAGCUCUUAUGGUUUAUGGUGGUUCGAUUAAACCAGGAUGUGCCGCGACUCAAAACAAUGCAGAUAUCGAUAUUGUCUCAGCAUUCCAAGCCUACGGACAAUUCAUUACUGGAGAGAUCACAGAAGAACAAAGAUUCGAUGUGAUUCGCCACGCUUGCCCAGGUCAAGGUGCCUGUGGUGGAAUGUAUACUGCAAACACAAUGGCAUCAGCUAUUGAAAUUAUGGGAAUGACUCUUCCCGGAUCUUCCACCAACCCUGCAGAUUCAAAGGCCAAAUUACUCGAGUGUUACGCAGCUGGUGGCGCAAUCAAAACUCUUCUCAAAGAGGACAUCAGACCUAGAGAUAUCAUGACCAGAAAGGCUUUCGAAAAUGCUAUGGUUCUAGUUACCAUUACUGGUGGAUCUACCAACGCUGUUCUUCAUCUUAUUGCUAUGGCCGAUGCUGUAGGAAUCAAGCUUACAAUCGAUGAUUUCCAAGCUGUUUCUGACCGAACACCUUUCCUCGCAGACCUCAAACCAUCUGGUAAAUACGUGUUCAACGAUCUCUAUAGUAUCGGUGGUACUCCUUCUCUCAUCAAACUCCUCAUCAAGGAAGGUGUCAUCGACGGAUCCGGAAUGACUGUCACUGGUAAGACCCUCGCUGAGAACGUCAAAGAUGCUCGCGAUUUCCCAUCCGACCAAGAAAUUAUCCGUCCGUUCUCAAACCCCAUCAAAAAGUCUGGACAUAUCCAAAUUCUCCGUGGUUCUCUCGCACCAGGCGGAUCUGUUGGUAAAAUUACCGGUAAAGAAGGAUUACGAUUCGUUGGAAAAGCUAAGGUUUAUGAUGCUGAAAAUGAUUUCAUCGAAGCCCUCGAACGUGGCGAAAUCAAGAAGGGAGAGAAGACUGUUGUAGUCAUUCGUUAUGAAGGACCAAAGGGUGGACCAGGUAUGCCAGAGAUGUUGAAGCCAUCCUCGGCUAUCAUGGGUGCAGGACUUGGAAAGGAUGUCGCUCUUAUCACCGAUGGACGUUUCAGUGGAGGAUCUCAUGGAUUCUUGAUUGGACAUAUCGUACCAGAGGCACAAGUUGGUGGACCAAUCGGAUUGGUUAGAGAUGGUGACACUAUUGUUAUUGAUGCUGAGACAAGAGUAUUGGAUUUGGAAGUUGAAGGUGGUGAGGAGGAAUUGGAGAGGAGGAGAAAAGAAUUCGUCGCACCUCCGUUGAAAUAUAAGAAGGGUACUUUGGCGAAAUACUCGAGAUUGGUACAAGAUGCUAGUCAUGGAUGUAUUACCGAUGGAGAGAUUGUUGAGGCAUGA